AUGGGGGGCGCAGGGCUAGCCAAGCGCCUGGGGACGCUCCUGUCCGGGCUGCUGGAGUGCGGCGCCUUCUGCGGCAUCAUCUUCGGCUGGGCCUCCCUUGUCUUCGUCCUCAAGGACCUGGGAUACUUCGAGGGGCUGUGCCAGCCCUCUGCCACCCCUAGCCCCAACCUCACCCUGGGGUCUGACUGCAGCGGGCAGGAUGAGCAGUUCUCCCUGGUCUUCACCAUCGGCUCCUUCAUGAACAACUUCAUGACUUUCCCCAUGGGCGUUGUCUUCGACCGCUUUGGCACCACAGCCGCUCGCCUCAUUGCCAUCUCCCUCUACACUGGCGGGACCCUGCUUGUCGCCUUCUCCACCCCAGAGAUGGCAGUGCUGCUCUUUCCAGCCAUGUCCAUGCUGUCGGUGGGUGGCAUCCUCCUCAUCCUCACCAACAUGCAGGUGGGCAACCUGUUCGGGAACUACCGCUCCAUCAUCAUCACCCUCUACAACGGGGCCUUCGACUCCUCCUCCGCCAUCUUCCUCAUCGUCAAGCUGCUGUACGAGCGCGGGCUGUCCCUGCGGGCCAUGUUCCUCUUCCUGGCAGCCUGCAGUGCUUGGCACCUCCUGCGCACCCUCUUCCUGAUGCCGCGCACCCGCAUCCCCUACCCGCUGCCCCCCGACUACGACUACGGGCUGCAGUGCCGGGGCCGUUCCCGCUCCUACCGAACCCACAAGGACAAGCAGCCCUCGGGAGAGGCCGGGCCCGAGGAGACACCCCAGGAAGCCCCCAUAGCUCGAGGUGGGGACGCCCCUGGGACGCCGUUCCGGGCCUGCGCCUGCUCCUGGCUCUUCGCCUGGCACGUGGCCUGGCUCUCGGUGAUGCAGCUGCGCCAUUACCUGUUCAUCGGCACCCUCAACCCGCAGCUGGAGCACCUGGCACAGGGGGACCACGCCCUGGUGAGCACCUACACCAACGCCUUUGCCAUCACCCAGCUCUGCGGGGUGCUCUGUGCCCCCUGGAACGGCCUCAUCCUCGACCGGCACAAGCGGGGAAAGGGACCCCGCCCUGAGGGGAUCCUGGCCGCGCUGGCAGACCUGCGCUCGGCGGUGCUGUCGCUGGUGGUGACGGUGGCACAGUGCCUGCUGUUCUCCGUGUUUGCCGCCGUGCCCAUCCUGCCCGUCCAGUUCGGCACCUUCGUGCUGCAGGUCAUCAGCCGCUCCUUCCUGUACGGCGGCAACGCCGCCUUCCUGGCCAUCGCGUUCCCUCCGCAGCACUUUGGGAAGCUGUACGGGCUGGCCAUGGCACUGUCGGCGCUGGUGGCCCUGCUGCAGUACCCCUGUGUAGCCCUGGUUCAGGGGCCACUCCAGGGGGACCCCUUCUAUAUGAACUUGGGGCUCAUCGCCGUGGUACUGGUGGCCUUUGUCAGCCCCGUGGUGGUGGCCCGUGAGUGCCAGCGACGAGCCAAGGAGCUGGGGAUGGCUGGCACCCCCCUGGCAGCCCCCUCCAGCACUGAGAUCCACGCUGAGACCCCACAUUGA